AUGGCAAACAAAUCCUCAAUCUCAAGACCCAAGGUCCAAAUCUUACUCUCCGUGGAUUUCGAUGCCGUGUCUGGCUUUCUGGGAACGGGUGCGUCGGCCACCACCAAUUUAGCUGAUUACAGCAGUGGUUUCUUUGCCGCUCAAGUCGGGGUCCCCCGUUUGCUACGACUUUUCAAGAAACAUGGAAUCUCUUCGUCGGUGACCUGGUUUGUGCCCGGGCAUUCGAUGGAAUCAUUCCCCGAAGAGACCAAGGCAAUUGUGGAUUCGGGUGCCGAGAUCGGGUGUCAUGGAUAUGCACAUGAGGGGUCAAGCCAAAUGACGGAAGCUCAAGAAAGAGAAGUGAUUACCAAAUGUGUGCAGUUGGCAACCGAUUUGGUAGGGGAAAAGCCCCGGGGUUGGAGAGCUCCUCUGUAUCAACUGCGAGCCCACACCAUUCAAGUUUUGGAGGAACAUGGGUUCCUUUACGACUCUUCUCUCACGCACCAUGAUUCAUCAUUGUACUUUGUGCCUCGGAUGUCUGAGCCCCAGCCGAUUGACUUCUCCCCAUCCAACUCUGCUGCUACUUGGAUGAAGCCUCUCCCUGCUCCUGAACCAAGAACUUCUCAAACUCUAGUGGAAAUUCCUUGCAAUUGGUACAUGGAGGACAUGACCCCAAUGCAAUUCCUUCCGGCUGCCGAGAACUCGCAUGGGUUUGUGAGUCCAGUCACCAUUGAACACAACUGGAAGUCACGAUUCGAGUUCCUUUACAGUGAGGCUGUCGAAAAAUCCAUCGAGGAGGGUUGCGAGCAAGGAUUUGUCUUCCCUCUGGUUCUACAUCCAGACACUAGUGGAAUGGCCCAUGUAGUUGGAAUGAUUGACCGGAUGAUCACUUGGCUGAAGCAGCAGGGGGAGGGGGUUGAAUUCGUUACAUUUGGGGACUGCGCAGCGAGCUGGAAAGAGAAUCAGACAUGCUGA